AUGAGUACCUUCAGGAGGUCAGCCGCAGCAGCAGCAGCAGCAGCAGCAGCAGCAGCAGCAGCAGCAGCAGCAGCAGCAGCAAAAGUGUGCGCCGCUUGCGAGCAGCAGGUCAGCAGCAAAUGCAAAGCAGCAGCAGAAGCAGCAGCAGCAGCAGCAGCAGCAGCAGCUGCAGGCAAGGACCCGAACAAGGGCAUCGACUGGGCCUUCUGGGAACGCUCAAUCGCCCACAAAGACAUCGUCAACUGCUUGCGGUCGCACUACGAGCAGCAAGAGUCUGCGUACGGGCGUUUGCUGGGGUCUUCUGCUGCAGCCGCUCCCGCAGCAGCACAGCAGCAGCAGCAGCAGCAGCAGCAGCAGCAGCAGCAGCAGCAAGCAGCAGCAGCAAAAGAGCUGCUGGGAGAAGGGCUGCUGCAGCAAGCCCUCGAAAGCUGUGCUGCUGCUGUUGCUGCAGCGCAGCAAAUCAGCAGCAAAGGCGCAGCAGCACUUUGGCUCUCCUGCCGCAACCCCCCGCUUUCUGCGCUCAACACCAACGACUGGCUGGACACGGACUGCUACUGGCAGGCAUUUGUGGAGAAGCACUUUUUCUAUUCGCAGUACCAGCCAGGCACUGAAGACCCAGAGAGCCCCGCAGCAAAAGAAGCAGCAAAGAGCGAGUGGCACAAAAAGGUGGCGAAGUUCAACGAGCGUACAGACACCCCAAUGCUGUUCUCGUUCACAGACUCUCUUCCUUCUUGGGAGUACUACGACAUCCACAGAAAGAGCUUUUUGGAGCACAUGACUUACUAUCUUGUUCGAACUGGUUCGGAUUUCCGUUUUUUCCCGGAGACCUUUCCUUGGCGGUGGUUUGGCGAUUUGCAGGACAAGAAAUAUAACUUCUUUGCUGUUGCGCAGCGGCGGCGGGCGCAGCAGCAGCUGCAGCAGCUGUCUCGUGUUGCAGCAAUGGACUUGUUUGCUGCAGCAGCAGCAGAAGGCAACUGCGAGGAGGAGGUGCUGCUGCUGCUGCAGCAGGAAGCAGCAGCAGCAGCAGCAGCAGCAGCAAGACUCAUGGGCUCCUUCGCCUUUCUCUGCUGCCCCUUCAUUCCUUGCUUCUCUUUUGCUGCUGCUGCUGCAGCAAUGAGCAGCGACGGCGGCAGCGGCAAAUGGCUCGACUUGGGCGAAGACGUCAACUGCCUCUUCUACCUCCCCAGCAGCAGCAGCAGCAGCAGCAGCAGCAGCAGCAGCAGCAGCAGCAGCGGCAGCAGCAGCAGCAGCAGCAGCUGCAGCCCGACGCGCGCGCUUAACCGGGUUGCGGACCACAUGGUGAUGACGGGGCUGCGGUUCAAUCCUUCUUACUUUUCUAUUAUGUCUUCUUUCGCCGAAAUUUUGGAGCAAAGAGGCGAAGAGUGGUUUUGCAGAAAAGACGAGUGCCCGGCGCAAGGGUUUCUGCGGCGGCUGCGGGCGGACGACCCGCAGCGGGUGGUUUUCGUUUCUUAUUUUCGGGAAAUGUUUUUUAGAUUUGAAAAUGCAAAAGAAAUUAAAAAUUUAAAUUCUUUUUUGAAAUGCAUGCAGAGAAAAGCAGCAGCUCACGAGCGCGAGCUCGCGGUGUACAGACACUGCGUGGCCGCGCGCGCAGCGCCCGCCGACGCAGCAGCAGCAGCAGCAGCAGCAGCAGCAGCAGCAGCAGCAGCAGCAGCAAACCAAGUCCGCAGCCUCUUCUCCAACAAACAACUCCAAACCCUCAUCGACUCCGGCGCCUUCGUAGCCCUCGACCAAAACCACCAAGUUGUUGCAGACGCAAACCAAGUCUUUGCUUCUUUGCAGGCUUUCGAACAAGUCGUGAGGGUUUAG